AUAGACAUAAUCGGGCUAAAAAAUAAUCUAAUGUAUAUUAACUGGGCCUUAUUCCGGAGACACUGUUUUGGGCCGAGCAUUUUUCUUCCUCAGUUGAAGAGCCCACUGGCUACGUAAAAUUAGGAUGGGAUGACCCAGGACCUAAUCACAAAAAGAAGACCAAAGAUUGGUCUUGUCAGUCGUCAACUCGUCAUCUCACCGGCUCGCUCACCCCGAGUCCCCGACCCCUGACCAAACAGCCAAACACCCACCCAGCUGCUUUGUACUUUCAUAAUCAGGCAGCCGAUCGAUCUCGAAGCCCCGCGGAGAGACGGCGGAAGAAGACUAUUGAGAAAUGGCAGAGGAUCCUGAGAAGAAGUUCCACUCCAUCAUGGACAAGCUCUUUAGUUCCCCCAACUCUUCUUCUCUUAGUUCGUCCGCGGGAGAAUCGUCAAGAGGGAAGAAGCGGCCGAAUCCCGAGUCUGCACUAGCCUUAGUGGAGCCAAGAGCGAUGGGGGAUAAUCUCGAUGUUCCUCAGCGCUCUGUAGUAGCUCAGAGCAAUGUUCCGUUGUGUAGACCGUGGGACAGAGGUGACUUGAUGAAGAGGCUGGCUACUUUUAAAUCCAUGACCUGGUUCGGCAAGCCAAAGGCUGUAAGUGCUGUAAACUGUGCAAGGAGGGGGUGGAUCAAUGUGGACGCAGAUAUCAUAGCAUGUGAAGCAUGUGGUGCACGUCUCCUUUUUUCAACUCCAUCAUCUUGGCCACAGCAGCAAGUUGAAAAAGCAGCUUUGGUAUUUAGCUUAAAGCUGGAUAGUGGACACAAGUUACUGUGUCCAUGGGCUGACAACGCAUGUGAUGAAAGAUUGGCAGAGUUUCCUCCCACCCCAUUUCCAGUGCUAGUUGAUCAAUUUGAAGAACGCUCCUCAAAACUUUUGCAACUCCUGGCACUUCCUGUAGUUUCAUCGUCAGCCAUCGAAUACAUGAGAAGUCCGCAGCUGGAAGAGUUUCUUAGCCAGUCUCCAAAUCUCAACCUCUGGAAUGAAUCUGCCAGCAUAUCCGAAAUAGAGUUCUUGGGAAAUGAGAAAGAAGCUGAGAGUGCAAAGCUGUAUUAUCAGGCACAACUGUUAAUUAGUCUGUGUGGUUGGGAACCACAUUUACUACCUUAUGUUGUUGAUUGCGUUGAAAAACCAAAGGGGUCUGAAAUUUUGAAGUCAUCCCUUGCUGAUUCUACAAGACAUAGUUCAAGCAAUGUCCGUUCAGCCGCUACUGGACAAAGAGAGGUUAGUGAGGAAGGUAGGAGCAAUGUUGCAUCAUCUGUUGAUCCUAAUUCCAUCGUUUUGAAUUGCGGGCUUUGUGGAGCUAGUGUGGGAUUGUGGACGUAUUCUACCGUUCCAAGGCCUCUGGAGUUGUUUAGGGUGGCUGGAGUAGUAGAUGUAAAUAGCAACAGGAGUGGCGGGCAAGAACUAGAAAACACAGAUCCUGUUAACAAAGUUGGAGUUGUAACUUCUUCCUCAAACAGUUUUCUGUCUCCCCCCACGAGUAUGAAGUUCACUAUUGCUGGGGGUCCUCCUCCAACAAAACAGAACUUCAAAGCAACAGUAUCACUGCCUGUUAUUGGGAGGAAUUUGAGGGCCAGGCUGUCAUAUGACAAGGAUUUUGGAGACCAUUCAAAUGGAAGCCAGUUGGAUCCUGCAUCUCAGUCUCAAAAAUUAAUUGCUUUGAACAUGCCUAUGGAUCACACUGAAGACAAGGCAGGUGAUGACCUAUCUCAGUCUGAAACACUGGAUUCGUCAAAAGGCAAAGAACAUGAUGAAAGGCAGGGUAGUGCUGCGAACACUGAGCACUCGUCUGUGUUCAACUCUGGAGGUUGUAAAACUCCUGAAAAUGAUAAUGCUCAGCCAUUGUUGGAAGCAAGCACAAGUGUUACCCCAAAUAUACAGUCAAACCAAUCUGAAAGUUCUAGUAUUAAAAGCAGUUUGAUCUCUAUUAGAAAAAGCAACGGUGGCAUUGAAGGACCACAUAAUCAAGGAAACGGAGAAGUUGUGGUGUCUGGUACUGGAAAGGAAUUCAAGGAAGUUGCAUCGGAUAGAAGUGUGGAUUUUGAUCCCAUCCGACAGCACAGGCACUUUUGUCCGUGGAUUGUACCGACCAACAGUGGAGCAGCAGGUUGGCAGCAAACUCUGACUGCUUUGCAUCGCCAGAAUGAUCCAUCUAAUUCAUCACCCAAAACUCCUUCAGUCUCUUCCAUUAUCAAGGUUGACGAUCCCAUAACUUCAGUUCGAAGGCUUUUCAGGUCUCCGUCAGCCAAAAGGCCAAAGCUCGCUCCUGGAUCAAGCUGAAGCAUCAUUUCAUUUGCAGUGAAUUGAUUUUGCCAGGUGCGAACAUUAAGUCUUGAUCUUGAGAUUAAGAAUGCUGUGAAUAUACAAUCUUGGAUGAACCAGUCGGUACAUUUGCCAUGACCAUUCACUAGUGUUCUAGUGGAGAAUAUCCUAUUACUAAAUACAGUAUCUGCUUUUCUUGUUUAUUUCUUCUGGAAAGUAAGAACGAUACCAGCUUCUUGCAACAACAAAGAUCUCCCAAGUCCGCUCCAUAAGUAAAACAGCAAAAAGAAUGAAUGAACUUGGAGGGUUUACCACCAGAAGAACUUUUUUUAUCCCAUCAAACCACAGUUUGUGACAAUCACCUUUGAAUAUGGCCUGUUAAACCCCUCUCUGCAUCCACAGCCCUCUUGUACCCUAUCAGCUUUGCCACUCUGCUCACAGAACAGUCAUAGCAUUAUUCUUUCUGUUUAUGCAACAAUAAAUGGUGCAUGAAUGAACUUCGUACUGCAGAAAACAUACAAUAGGGUUUCUGCACCUAAGUAACUCCCUAUACUAUUCCUCGCCAGCUCGGCGUCCACGCCGUAGUAUCUUACCCCCACCAUGUUGCACGUAAUUCGAUGUGAUUUUGACGAAUUCUUUCUUUCUGUAGGUGAUGCCAGCUUGUCCACUCACCAGUUUACUAGACCUUGAAGCGCCAACCAGGACAACAUCAUCUUACAGACCAAUGACGACUCGACCUGUUGGCUUCCCAUCAAUGGAUGUAUAAAGAAAUUCCCGCCAUGUAGGUUCUUUGCUGCUGCUGCUGCUGCACAAUUGUUCACCACUCCUGCCUUCUUUGACGCUAUCUUCAGCUCUCGCUUUAGGGCCCAGCAGAAGCAGCAGCGAGGUAUUGCUGAAAACUGCGAGCUCUCUGUGUGAGAACUGGUUUUGGGGAUUCUCUCAGAAGCGGCAGUGAUGGAGAGGCAGGGGGAUUUGCGUAAUCGGCGCCGACGGCCAUGUGGGGAACAGGAUGAUUAUGAUGAUGGAGUUGAAUGUUGGAUUGGGAGAUUCUGGAGUUGUGUAACAUUUCUAUUUAUGAGUAUUUAUUUAUAGCUUCAGGUUCUGAGUCUUGGGAGUGUGUCUGUGAGCAAUGGGAAGCGCUAUGAUUCACUCGAGAUAAGGAAAGGGAAAGAAGCUAGUGCAUGGCCUUCUUGUAGUCGGUUGUUAUUCCUAUCUCAAACGGCCGGCCGGCCAGCCAGCCAGCAAGGGAUGGAUGUCUUUGUGGGGGUAAAGGGCAUAAAUGGGUCAUUCGAUCGUAUUGUUGUUUGUUUGUAUUUCCUUUGCCGCGGUUGGUCCAAUUUCGCGGAUGAUUGUUUGUAUCAGAUUGUGCCACGUGAUCGAAGUUCUUGCAAGCUCUACAUCGCAUCUCGAGUAUAUUGCGACUGAGUACAAGAUGGGAAAAUGGCGUUGGGUAUGAUGAUUGAUGACUAAUCUAAUCUAUACACGAAUUCAUACAUACCCAUUGAUGAUUCAUAGCAGAAACCUGUAAUUCGGCUUAAUGCAGUUUUUUAUUUAUCAUAAAAAAAAUCACCAUUAAUGUUUAUUUAUUACAUAACUUAGAAUCAAGCAACAUAGUUCUGAACAAAAUAUAUUUUAUUAUUUUUAAUGUAAGAGGCAAGCAAAUAAGAUUAUUAACUAUUAUUUAAUUGAAUAAAUUAUUAUUGAUAUU